CCGGUGCGCGCUCAGAGUGCCAAAACAGAGACGAAAGCUCCGUUAUGGAUAUACUGAAGAAUACCAGCUAUGUGCAGACAGCCAGCAGACAGACAGUGAGUGACCAAAGCACAGUCGGUGAAAUGCGGUGGAAGAAAGGACAAGAUCAUGGACACAUGCCAUCAGAGCUGUCCAGGAUCAUUACAGACCCCGUUACUGGGAAAUGUUAUUGCCGUGGAAAAGUUUUGGGGAAGGGUGGUUUUGCAAAAUGCUACGAAAUGACCGACCUCUCCACCAGCAAGGUGUAUGCAGCAAAAAUUGUUCCUCAUGCGCGCGUGUCCAAACCCCAUCAACGGGAGAAGAUUGACAAAGAAAUUGAACUCCACAGAGGACUCCACCAUAAAAACAUUGUUCAUUUCUAUCAUCAUUUUGAAGAUAAAGACAACAUAUACAUUCUGUUGGAAUAUUGCAGUAGAAGAUCAUUAGCACACAUUCUUAAAGCGCGUAAAGUGCUUACUGAGCCCGAGGUGCGGUAUUACCUCAGACAGAUAGUCUCCGCGCUAAAGUAUCUCCACGAUCAAGAGAUUCUGCACAGAGACCUGAAAUUAGGUAACCUCUUCAUCAAUGACUCCAUGGAGGUGAAGCUGGGAGACUUUGGCUUGGCAUCUAAAUUGGAACCAGUGUGCAACAGGCGAAAGACCAUUUGUGGAACCCCUAACUACCUGUCUCCUGAAGUACUGAACAAGCAAGGUCACGGCUGUGAAUCGGAUGUCUGGGCACUUGGUUGUGUCAUGUACACCAUGCUUCUAGGCAGACCACCAUUUGAGACCACUAACCUCAAAGAGACCUACAGGUGUAUCCGGGAGGCGCGGUACACCAUGCCCUCUUCACUGUCCCUUCCUGCCAAACAGCUUAUCGCCAGCAUGCUGUCCAAGGGCCCGGAGAACAGGCCACACCUAGAGGAUAUCCUGCACCAUGACUUCUUUACACAGGGCUUCAUGCCGGAGCACCUCCCCCCCAGCUCCUGCCACAGUGCCCCAGACUUCCACGUCUCCAGCCCAGCAAAGAGCUUUUUCAAAAAGGCUGCAGCCGCUCUCUUCGGCGGGAAGAAGGACAAGGCCAAAUACCUGGACACUUUGAAUAAGCUCACCAAGGAGGAGGAAGACAUCUACAAAUUGCGACAAGACUUUCAAAAGACUGUUAUCAGCCAGCCGGUCACUGAGCAGGGCGGUGGGUCCACAGCUGGGAAGCAAGUGCCCCUGACCACAGACGGCCGCCCUCAAAGGAGAGACGCCAUCCGCAUGAUUGUGCGAGGCAGCCUGGGCAGCUGCAGCAGCAGCAGCAGUGAAUGCCUGGAGGACAGCACCACGGGUACAGUGGCAGAAGCCGUCGCCAGCAUCCUCCGGGGAUGUCUGGAGCACAUGCCCAAAGCUGAUAGCAUUCCCAAAGGAGCAAACACCAGCACUCUUCGUUGGGUGACCAAGUGGGUGGACUACUCCAACAAGUACGGAUUUGGUUACCAACUCUCUGACAACAUUGUGGGUGUCCUGUUCAACAAUGGGACACAUAUGAGUCUUCUUGCUGACAAGAGGACUGUGCACCACUAUGCUCAGUUGGGCCAUUGUUCAGUGUUUACAGUCUCUGAAGUGCCUGAAUGCUUUGUGGGACAAAUCACCAUCCUCAAGUACUUUGCGCACUACAUGGAGGAGAACCUGAUGGAUGGUGGGGAUGUGACCAGUGCCACCGAGAACCAGAUGCCCAGGAUUUACCUUCUACAGUGGCUCAAGUCAGACCGGGCGUUAAUGAUGCUCUUCAACGAUGGCACCUUUCAGGUGAACUUCUACCACGAUCACACCAAGCUGAUUCUGUGGACCGAAGAGCAGGAAUACAUGCUGACCUAUAUCAACGAGGACCGUAUCUCCACCACCCUGAAGCUGAGCGCCCUGUUGACCUCCGGCUGUACGUCCGACCUGAGGGAACGCAUGGAUUAUGCCCUCAACAUGCUGAUGCAGAGGGGCAACUAGAACACAUCCACACACAUACACAUGUGCUCAUACACCACUGGGAAGCGAAGCACAGCUGGGAACCCCUCUGUGUAUGGUGCCCCUCUGGGUUGUCAUCUUUUUGAAAGACUGUGGAGCUUUACACAGGAUAGACUUCCUGAACCACCCUGGAGAAGUACUCUCUGACCAAAUACCCCCUGCCCACUGAGCCAGAAAGGUCUUUUUCACAGGAAAGGGCUGUACCCAACUCCAUGUUGACAGAAAGGAAGAUGGGGGAAAGUGAUUGAAAGGAUAUGGAUGACCGUUGAAGGAUAUUGUUUUUGUUUUGGGUUUUUUUUGUGUGUGAAAAUACUUUAGGUAGAGGAACCAUACUGGGCUGGACCCAGAUGGACCGGUGCCGAGUAGUCUAUUGUCAUGAGAAGUGUGUAGAUAUGGAGGGCAGAGCUGGGCUUGUGGACUGUUAUUUACAGAGCGACUCUGUUGACCGGAGUGGUGUCUCACUACAUGAAUUAAAGAUGACGGAAGAGCGUUUGAACAAUGGUUUUAGAACAUUAGGUGAACAUAUUGUACAAAUGGGAUUUCAUAAGCAUGAGGGAAAAAAAGUCAAUGUGUUUGAGGUCUGUCCAUGAACGCAUGGUCCGUUGGAAAAUAAUUUAUUGUGUACAUAAAGCAGUAUUUAUUUAUUUAAUGAAUAAAGUUGAACAUUCAAUUA